AGAGGGGGCUCAGGUUUCUGUGGCGUUGGCUAUAUUUAUCUCUGGUUCCAUGCCAGCGGGGAGGGUUUAAAUGGCACCCAGCAGUUGGCGUGAGGGGCUGCAGGAGCUUGGGGGCUGGUGGCAGGAACAAGCCUUUUCCGACCCAAUGGAGCUGUAUGAGACAUCCCCCUAUUUCUACCAGGAACCCCGCUUCUAUGACGGGGAAAACUACCUGCCUGUCCACCUCCAGGGCUUCGAGCCACCAGGCUAUGAGCGGACAGAGCUCAGCCUGAGCCCCGAGGCCCGAGGGCCCCUCGAGGACAAGGGGCUGGGGACCCCUGAACACUGUCCCGGCCAGUGCCUGCCAUGGGCAUGUAAGGUGUGUAAGAGGAAGUCGGUGUCCGUGGACCGGCGGCGGGCAGCCACACUGAGGGAGAAGCGCAGGCUCAAGAAGGUGAACGAGGCCUUCGAGGCCCUGAAGAGGAGCACCCUGCUCAACCCCAACCAGCGGCUGCCCAAGGUGGAGAUCCUGCGCAGCGCCAUCCAGUACAUCGAGCGCCUGCAGGCCCUGCUCAGCUCCCUCAACCAGGAGGAGCGAGACCUCCGCUACCGGGGCGGGGGCGGGCCCCAGCCAGGGGUGCCCAGUGAAUGCAGCUCUCACAGCGCCUCCUGCAGUCCAGAGUGGGGCAGCGCACUGGAGUUCGGCGCCAACCCCGGGGAUCAUCUGCUCACGGCUGACCCUACAGAUGCCCACAACCUGCACUCCCUCACCUCCAUCGUGGACAGCAUCACAGUGGAAGAUGUGUCUGUGGCCUUCCCAGAUGAAACCAUGCCCAACUGAGAUUGUCUGCCAGGCCGGGUGUCCUUGUGAGCCCCCCAAGCUGGCCACAGAUGCCACUGCUUCUACAGCAGGGGCCUCCUAAGCCAGGGCACCCUGAUGCUAGGAAGCCAGCUCUGGGAUGCCAUAGGCCAGACUAUCCCCUUCCUCAUCCAUGUAAGGUUAACCCACCCCCCAGCAAGGGAAUGGAUGCCCUCAUUCAGCUGCCUCCUUGGAGGAGAGGGCAUUCCCUUUCCAGGGAGGUAAAGCAGGGGACCAGAGCACCCCGUCGUGUAUGCCUCAGCUCAGGGGGCAAACUUAGGAGCUUCCUUUUCAUCAUAACGUGGCCUCUAAUUCCACCCCCCAAAUGAAACGGUUUGAGAGACAAAGACAGUGUCCUGACCUGGACAAGCUGUGCACGUCUCCUGUUCUGGUCUCUUCCCGAUGCCAGUGGCUGGGCUGGGCCUGCCCUGAAUUGAGAGAGAAGAAAGGGAGAGGAACAAUCCUCUGUUCCCGAGUCCCUGGGGGGCCAAGCUUUUGCAGUGAAUAUUGGGAACCUUCCAGUGGUUUUAUGUCGUGUUGUGUUUUGUUUUGUGUGUUGUUUGUAAAGCUGCCAUCUGACCAAGGUCUCCUGUGCUGAAGUUGCCGGGGGACAGGCAGGGAAAGGGGGUUGGGGGCUCUUGGGGUGAUUUCUUUUGUUAACUAAGCAUCGUGUGGUUUUGCCAUUGUUUUGUAAUUUUUUUUGUUUUGUUUUGCUAACUUAUUUGGAUUUCCUUUUUUAAAAAAUGAAUAAAGACUGGUUGCCAGAAGAGUGUCGGUGAUGAUGCAGAGGGAGGGAAAUGACUGACAGCCCUGCCCCUCCCACAGAGCAGGGAGGGCAAUGACUGACUUCCCUCUUCCCACUGAGCAGUCCAGACACAACCUAGUGGGCAGGGCUCCACAGCGCUGAGGGCCUCGCCUUGCUGGUGGUCACUAGGCACUGGGGCCCCUGCUCUUUUUACCAUGCCAAAGGAAGUCAGGCAUGUCUGGACCUCGGUCUGGGGGAGACCAGAUUCCACAGACAUCCUUGUGGGACACGGAGGACAACUGGGUGGGCACUCCAUUGCACUAUACCUCACAGCCAUUGCUCACAGGUUGCUGUGCGCCGUGUCAUAUCCCAAAAGGUCCUCUGGUUUCAGUUAACUGAGCACCUCGUAUGCCCAGUGCUCAGCCCACAGCCAGGGUGUAGAGGUAGAAUUUGUGGUUUCCCUUCCCUAGUCCCCACCUCUGCCCUGGUGUCACAAUACCAGGAGCCCUGUAGAGGAGUGGGAGGUGAGAAAGGGAGUGAGGUCAGACACUGUAAUUUCCUUGUGGGCCAAACAGCAUGUCCCCUACCCACUCUCCUCCAUUCCCUCCAGGCAGAAGGGGAUUCUGGUUCCUGCUUGCAGCUCCCAGUAUGAAGAAGAUUCGGCUCAGGGAGGGUAAAGGGGUCCACAAAGAACAAUCGAAGAGAAGCUGAGGUCCUCUUCAUUUGGGUUGCUAUUUUGCAAAGAUUAGCUUCCAGAACGUAGAAGGUGGGUGGGAAAUUGAGAACAAAGAUUUUUGGAUAGACAUUACACAGGGAUUAACUGGGGCGUUCACAGGAGCUAGAAUUCAAAUGGAACAUGAACAUCUACUGAAAAGUUUAUUAAUUCCAACUGCUUGGGGCUAAGUUCAUCUGGUUCGUGGCGAAGUAUAAGUAUCAGAAUCAUUACAGAAGCAGGAAUUCAGAGCAUGGUAUAAUCCAGCCCUACUUAAUUCUUUGGGGCCCUUGACAAUGGACUUAACCCAGUGUUGCCUGAGGCUCUAGCGACUACCCUGCUCUGGCUCUGGGCUCAGCUGGGCCAUCUCUCCCACACCCACCCUCCUGACCUUACUGCUGGAGAGGAGAGUUAACACUGUGUCCCUCGAGGUUCUCCAGAAACUCUGCCUAAGGAAAAGAAUCAGAAGGAACCUCUGGAGGCUCACAGAACUCAGGUGAGGGUGCGGAAGGAAGGGUCUCCCCCACUGCCCGCCUAUCCCAAACCAGUCAGGCAGGGCUUAUUGGGAAUUGCAAAUUGGCCUACUCUGCUCCCAUUGGUGGGAUUUUCUUCUUUUCAAACUGGUGUCACUGAGUUUAGUCUUUCCCCGUUGGAAGAGCUGGAGAGGAGGACCAAGGUCAUUUCCAUGACUCUUAGCCCUGAUUCACUGUCCUUGGGAAUGAGGAGGGCAACCAGGCUGGCUGCAAUGCCUUGACUCUGGAAUGUACUCUCUUUUACUACCCUCUGAAAAUACUCAGGACACAUUCAUGGAGGAUCUUCUCCCCUCAGGUUCAUUUCCUCUGCCCCCAGCACCUCCCACGCUCUUAGGGUGGAAACAACCCUGUCACCUACAGCUGUGACCUGCCCAUCCCUUGUCCUCCUUCUGACUGGCCAAGGAAGGCACUCCGCUCUGCUGAAGAACAGGCUCUGGGGUUGCUGGAAAUAUUUUUUUUAAAUCAACUCUUCUUCAGUUAUCUUGACAGUUAGACAGUGAAGUUCGCGUUCAUACUCUGGGAAGAAUGAACAGUCCUCAGCAAUGAUACUGGGUGCAAUGGAUCCCUACCGUGGUGGCACGUAGACACUGUCUAAUUACUUUCUCACGUCUUUAAGUCCUUAAGGGACUAAAAUUCGCUAGAAUUCCACAGGUGUGAAUGGCAAACUUUGCAAAGCAGGAGCCCAGCCUCACUCAUUAUUUUCACAGAAUAAACAAUUGUUAUCAAAGCACGGGGACUUCCUUAAAUUAGCAAAUGCUUAAUCUUCACAACAGAAUUACAGAGAAGACUCCAAUUAAUGAAUAAUGAGUUAGAGUUCUUUAGGGAGAUUAGCUCAAAUUUGUUCUACAGUUGGAAGCACCUACAAUAAAUCAAACUGGGUUAAUCAAAUGUUGCCUAAUAAUGGACUUUAGGGAAUCCACUACAAUGAAAAGAUAAAUAUUACUUAAAAUUGGCACACUAAUUGUUGGUGUGUAAAUAGGAACUUCUUAGAGUGCUCAGAUAAUUGGUGUGAAUUGAAGAAUGCUUACGGUACUACUUGUGGCACCCUGAUGAGCAUUCUUAGGUAUCUAACCUCUCAGAGUAAUUGAUUUGGUAGACUGGGAAACCUUCUUAAGUGCUGCAGGUGUAGACGGGGUGGAUCAGCUGGAGAGGGGGGUGGCGGAGGAGUGGCGGAGGAGUGACGGAGGGCGGUGAGAGGAAAGGAUACCCCUCAGCUCAGUUAUCUGCUUCCUGGGCAAAACGUCAUCCCAGCAUGUUAGGUUCCUUAGGCUUCCCCGGGGCUUCUGGACCCCAGGCUGGGACAGAAAAGCCUGAAGGUGAGACUGGAAGACUUCAGGCUGAACCGGGACCUUGCCUAAGGAAGUUCAACCAAGGCCUGAGUGGGAGCUCCAAUCACAGCCCCUCCACAGAUCUAGCUGUGCCUCAUCCCCCUCAGCCACAGGUCCCCCUUCGGAUCUGGAUUCCCCGUCCCUCACUGCUUGGAGCAUUCCUAGAGGGAGCAAAGGAAACGGUUCUAGGAAAGAGACCUAGCUGCUUCUUUCCUAUAAAUGCGGAUGGAACCAUGAUGUCCAAUUCUCACCUCAAGCCCAGCAUGUCCAAAAUCAAAAUCAAACUCCUAUUUCCACGUAAGUCCACCCUGUCUAUAUCCCCUGUCCCAGUGGAAGGCAGCACAGGGCAGUCAUAGUUUUCCUGGUUCCCUCCAGUGAAGAUCUCAUUCCCAUAGCCAGCCAGUCACCAAGGCUCAUCAAUUUUACCUUUGAUCCUGGAGAGAGUAGCAAGGGACCCCCAGAGGCCAGCAUCUUCCCUCACCUCCGUUUGCCCUCACUGGGCUGUGUGCAGGGUACCUUGUCCCACUCCCUCCCCUCACCUGUGCCCAUGGACGCUGCCACCCUUGCUCCAUCAGUGUUUGGGGCCCCAUCAGCCUUAAAGAGGACACAAGGAUGCAUGGCGCACUGUGCUGCAUGAAGGGGGUUCGCCACUCCAGGAAGCAGAAGAAACACAGCCUCGUGAAGACUCAUAGAAGCCAAAGACCACAUGAGUUGUACACACCAAGGAGUCAGGGGGCUGGGUAUCUGGGAAAGGCUUGCUGAGGCACAGGGGCUUAAGUUGACUUAAAAAAGAAGCAAGCACCAUUUGAUAAGCACUCAUUUUCCUCAUGCUACUCCGAAUGAAAAAUAAAGAAAAGAUAAACACUCCCGGCACUGGGUCAGGAGCUUUAACAUCAUAUUGUAGUUAAGGACAGGCACUGGAGUCAGGAAGACCUAGGUUUGAACCCACAUCUGUCUCUUACCAGCUGUAUCAUCUUAGCCUUAAAAUGUCCAGUUUUAUAAAAUGUUGAGAAUAUAUCAGAGUUGUGAGGAUUAAUGAGUUAAUAUAUUUACGGUGCUUAGAACAGUGUCUGGCAAACAAUAGUACUCAGUGAUUUUUAGCCUUUACUAAUAUUAAUCCUUAUACAACCCUCUGAGAGAAGGCUGGUGCAUUGAUUCAUUCGAGGAUAUGCAGAGAUCAACAAGACCGCCCUAAAGGAUGGAACUCGCAGCCCAGCGUGGGACGCAAUCACUGCCCAGCCUGUGCAGUGGGCAGUGUUGGGAGAGCAAAGCGUUGCUGGUUAUCCAGCUCUGCUGGGGAGGGGAGGCGAUGCCUCCCCACUGAUGCUUGAAGUGGUCUUGAAGGCUCAAAACUGCAAAGGUAAGCAA